AUGGACCCAUGGAAGGAGUACGUCGGCGCGCGUGCGCGGGCCGAGGAAGCGGCCGGAAGGAAGACGAAGAGCUGCAUGGAGGAUGAGCUGGGAGAGCUCAUGGACAAGGAGAACAACCUGCUCGCGCUCCUGCAUGAGAUGGAUGCGAUGGGCGACCGCGACGAUGAUGGCGUCCGCUCGCUGCGCAAGAUCCAUCACCACGAGCUUUGCCAAGUCCGCUCCGAGAUCAAGCAUAUGGGCGCGCCGAAGAAGCCCCUCGUGGACCAUGUCGUAGGCCAUGGCCAGCGCUUCUUGACGAUGGAUGACAUUACCGACGAGUGGGCGACCUGGUUCAAGCCUCCGCCCAAGGAGGAUCGACCACCGCCAUAUGUGCCCAAGCGUACCGCGCCGGUGGUCAAGCCACCGAGUCCCGUCGUCGUCGUUCCAGUCCAACCACCGCCGGUCAACCGCCCGUCGCUCCGCGACCUUGGACCUAAGCCGUCGGUCGAAGACGAAGAAACACACCCCCAGCGCCGGGGGCUGCGACCGCCUCCUCGGGACCAGCCACCGCCCCGUGGAGGCAACCCCUUCGUUACGGCAGGAGAGAAGCUGCAGACGGAUGAGCGCGAUGGCAAGAACAAAGACUACGAUCGCCGCCAGCACGGCGGCAGCAGCGGUGGCAUCAAGGGCUACCACCCCAUGAAUUCCAAAGUCCUCUUUCCCAAGAGCAAUGGCGAGGCGUCGCCACCGCGCAUUAGCAAGCCGUUCCAGCCACCGGAUGGCAGUCGUCCGCGGGGUGCCCCAGCGACCAAUACUGGCGCGUCGGCAGCGCCUGUUGAGCCAGACGAAGACAUUGAUCCGCGCCUCAAGAGCUGCGACCCCGAGCUCAUCUCCAAGAUCGAACUCGAGAUCGUGGAUGCAGGCGAUCCGAUCUCGUUCGAUGACAUUGCUGGCCUCCACUUUGCCAAAAAGUGCGUCAACGAGCUCGUGAUUUGGCCGAUGGCCCGACCCGAUAUCUUUACGGGUCUCCGCAGCUUGCCCAAAGGCUUGCUACUCUUUGGCCCGCCCGGAACAGGCAAAACGUUGAUCGGGAAGGCGAUCGCAACGCAGUCGGGCGCAACGUUCUUUAGCAUUUCUGCGAGUUCGCUCACGAGCAAAUGGAUUGGCGAAGGAGAAAAGCUGGUGCGCACCUUGUUUGCGGUCGCGGCCGUCAAGCAGCCGUCUGUCAUCUUUAUUGACGAGAUCGACUCGCUCUUGACGCAGCGCAGUUCGACGGAGAACGAAGCGUCUCGGCGCAUGAAGACAGAGUUCCUGGUGCAGCUCGAUGGCGCAGGCACCAAGUCCAAGGACAUCAUCCUGGUUGUCGGCGCAACGAACCGUCCACAGGAGCUUGACGAAGCCGCCCGCCGCCGCUUUGUCAAGCGUCUCUACAUCCCGCUACCCUCGGCGGAAGCCCGUCUCGACAUGAUUCUCCGCCUCCUCGCCAAGAACAAGCACCGUCUGGAGCAAACCGAUUUGGAUUACAUCGUCGAACGCACACGUGGCUUCUCGGGCGCCGACGUGCGUGCUCUGUGCACAGAAGCAGCGAUGGGUCCGAUCCGCAACUGCGACGAUAUCCGCACCAUGGACGCGGCGCUCGUGCGGCCGAUCGAGCGCCACGACUUUGACGCGGCGCUGCGGGGCGUGCGACCGAGCGUCUCGGGCAAGGACCUUGAGUUCUACUUGGAGUGGAACACCGAGUUUGGGAGCUACCAGAUCGAAGACGCGACGAGCGAUGUCAACUAA